AAAGGAAUUCGAAAGCGCAGAGGCAACUCUCUCGUCGUGCUUUGUUUGCAUCACUGAGGUUUGACACCAAUGCAAUGCUGGCCAAGUUUCGUCUCUUAGAUACCAAUCUUUUGGGUUUCACCAACACACUUCCUUCUCCAUCCGAUUCCGCUGCUUUCAUUCCCACUAAAACCACUCUCUCUUCCAGUAAAUAUUUUUUCAACAAACUGAGUUUAGAUAAAAAUGCUGAUUCCACCACCCCAAAGAAGAGGGUCGAUAAGAAGCUGCACUCCACGUGUUCGACGAGAUGGGUCUCUCACGGUGGACGCGUUCCAUCCAUUCUCCACGCUCUCGACACCAUUCACGACUUGGAUAACGCUCUAAGGCAGUGGGAGGAGACUCUCUCCAGCAGGGAAAUCAGUGCAAUUCUGAAGACCCAGGUCUCUUGCCAGAGGGCUCUGCAAAUAUUCGAGUGGUUCAAGAAAAAGGGUUGCUAUGACUUGAACGUCAUUCACUACAACAUAAUGCUCUGGACCCUUGGCAGAGCGCGCAAGUGGGAGCUCGUGGAGAAUUUGUGGGGCGAAAUGAAUGCUAAAGGGGUUGCACCUCUGAAUUCCACGUAUGGGACCUUGAUCGAUGUUUAUAGCAAAGGUGGACUCAAAGAAGAAGCUCUUGCUUGGCUUCAGAGGAUGCAGAGUCAAGGAAUGGAGCCUGAUGAGGUCACCAUGGGGAUUGUUGUUUUGUUGUACAAGAGGGCGGGAGAGUUCCCAAAAGCUCAAGACUUCUUCCGAAGAUGGAUUAGAGGUGCCAAUGUUUGUUUAAGCUCGAAUACGUAUACUACCUUGAUUGACACGUAUGGGAAGGGUGGUCAAUUUCGCGCAGCAUGUGAAACUUUUGCUAGGAUGAUCAGACAGGGCAUGACCUUGAAUACAGUCACACUCAAUUUAAUGAUUCACUUGUAUGGAAACUGUGGAAGGCUACGACAAGCUUGUUUGUUAUUCCAGAAAAUGGGAGAAUUUCGGUGCAUUCCCGACACUUGGACGUAUAACAUCCUCAUUUCGGCUCAUAUUAAGAAUAAUAAUGUCAACAUGGCAGCUAAAUGUCUUGCAAGGAUGAAACAGUCCUGCCUUAAGCCAGAUGUUGUGAGUUACCGUAUCCUCUUGUAUGCAUACUCGACAAGGAAAAUGGUCCAAGAAGCGGAAGAGCUUGUCCGGGAGAUGGACGAAAGGAAUCUUGCAAUUGAUGAGUUCACCCAAUCUGCUUUGACUAGAAUGUAUGUAGAAUCAGGUAUGCUUGAGCGAUCAUGGUUGUGGUUCAGGAGGUUUCACCUAGCCGGGAAUAUUAGUUCUGGCUGUUAUGCUGCGAAUAUUGAUGCUUAUGGGGAACGAGGGUACACUUUGGAAGCAGAGAAAGUAUUUAUGUGCUGCAAAGAAAAGAAGAAGCUCACUGUCCUCGAGUUUAAUGUGAUGAUUAAAGCUUAUGGGAUAGGUAAAUGCUAUGAUAAAGCAUGCCAAUUGUUUGAUUGUAUGAAGAAAUUUGGUGUUGUUGCAGACGAAUGCAGCUUCAGUUCUCUCAUACAUAUUCUGGCCAGUGCUGACAAGCCGCACGAUGCAAAAUCUUAUCUUGAAAGAAUGCAGAAUGCAGGACUUGUGAGUGACUGUGUUCUAUACUGUGUUGUGAUAAAAAGCUUGGCGAAGUUAGGUCAAUUGAAAAUGGCUGAAGAAUUAUACCAAAAGAUGCUUGGAUAUGCCGUGCAGCCUGAUGUCAUUAUUUAUGGUGUUUUUAUCAAUGCUUUUGCUGAUACGGGAAGUGUUAAAGAAGCCAUCAAAUAUGUUAACGAAAUGCGAAAGGCAGGAUUGUCAGGGAAUCCAACUAUAUAUAACUCUUUAAUUAAGUUGUAUACUAAAGUAGGCUACCUGGACGAAGCACAAGAAACGUACAAAUUGCUUCAAUCGUCAGAUGAAGGUCCUUCUAUAUUUUCCUCUAAUUGUAUGAUUGAUCUUUAUACUGAACGACUUAUGGUUGAACAAGCAAAAGAGAUAUUUGAGAGCUUGAAGAAGAAUGAAGUUGCAAAUGAGUUUUCAUAUGCAAUGAUGCUAUGUAUGUAUAAGAAAAUUGGAAGAUUGGAUGAAGCCAUACAAAUUGCAACACAGAUGAGAAGACUGGGUCUUUUGACUGAUGUAUUGAGUUAUAAUAAUGUGCUUGGUUUGUAUUCUGUGGAUAGGAGGCUAAGGGAAGCUACAGAAACUUUCAAGGAAAUGAUAAAAUCUGGGAUUCAACCAGAUGAUUUCACAUUUAGAGCUCUUGCUAACAUUUUACUGAAUUGUGGAGUUUCAAAGCGGGCUGUUGGAAGGCUAGAAGUCAUGGUGAAAAAGGAUUCUUCUCAUGGUUUGCAAGGAUGGAUGCUGGCACUCUCAUGUGCAUCUGAAGGAGAUAAUUCUCCAAAGGAAUAGAUGUGCUUAAUUAUGGAAAAACAUGAUUGGAAUUUACAUGGUCUGGCUUUCCUCUGGUGCUGGGUUUCCUUUAAUUUGGUUACUUGCUGAGGCUAUGAUUGGAGCAUUUCAAGCACGGCAUUUAGAAUUACUAGUGGAUUCUUGGAUGGGAAAAAGUUUGGAAUCCUUCUACGCGUAUUCUUGAAGGUCAGUGAUGGGAACUGGAGUGUUGAGACCUCUUGUGAUUGGAACUAAAUGAACUGCUUUUCCCCUUUUUCCUCAUUUCAAGGACGUAAGUCAUUUAGUAUACACGAGGAAUAGGAAUAGAAUGAGUAAGAAAAUAGAGGAAAUCUAGAAAUAUCAUACCAAUAUUUUAAAUGUUUAAUAUGGAAAUUAAUCAAAAAGAGAUUUUCAAACUAAAUUCAUCUCAUAGAUUACUACCAGGCCAAUGAAUUAAUUCUGUAUCUAAUUAUCGGUGGUUAGUGUUUGGAAUGCAUUUCCCCCCUAUUGUUUUAGUUUAAUAUGUGCAAUUAGCCCUUGAUGAUAUUUGUUAUGUAAAUGUUCAGAUAAAAUGUGCGCAGUUUUGGGAAGUUGUUCUUUUUUUUUUUGAAGACAUCAGUCCUACUUGCUAGCUUUGUGGUUUGGAGAAGAUAUGGUUUGUCAGUAGAGGUUUUUAAUCCUGCACACCUCAUUGUUCAGCUGCAUGGUAGGGCCAUUUACAACUAAAUGAAACUCUAUCCUGGAAAGUGUGUUAUUCCAUAUGCAAGUCUUUACUCGACAUACUGGUGGUCAGUUCUCAAUUAUUAUUUGUCAGAGUUACAUACUUAAAUAGCAUGCAAUUCAAACAGAUGUGAGGACUCAAACGGUCAUGUACUCUAUGGAAUGCCUGAAUCUGAGUUGUUUUGGCCAAGUCUAAGCUUACAUUUUCAUUCCAAUAGAAACUUCAAGAAAAAGUAAUUUUGUUGCCGGCAGAUCUAAUGGAAUGGAAAGCUAUAGAAAUCUACCAGAGAAGUAUGGUUGCAUCCCCAUAGGAUUUUCCCCUAUUAUACAAUUUUAGUCAUUCAUUUUGAAUAAAAUUGCAAACGCCAAAUUUCAAUAAAAUUUGAAUAAUUUCUCCUUUGUUUUUAAAUUUUCCAUUUUCUAUUCACAAGUAUAGCAUAAUUGCACAAACCCUCUCAUCCUUCUUUUCAAAAUUACCAUAACUCCCUUCUUUAAAUAUCAUUAGACCAUAAAGUUCC